AUGGAAAAUAGCUACCAAGAGACGGGCAUAAUAUCCCAUACAAUAUGGGCCAGCGGACCAUGGGCCAAAGGUAGAAAUAUCCUCGACUAUGACGGAUGGGCCGGGAGUAUUAUUAUUCCAAAUGGAGAUGGGUGGGCCCAUGUGGGGAACGGAUGGGCCGAGGUGGUUGGAUAUUAUGUAGAUGGCUGUACCAAGGUAGAUGUGUAUCAAAUAGCCGGACGGCUUUGCAAAGGGGUGAAGUGGAAACUCGUGUUCCAGGCCCUGUUCAUCAAAGCUUUGAGAUGGAAGAUGAAGGUCUUGCAGUAUGGCACGGAGCUUUGCAAAGUGGUGAAGUGGAAACUCAAGCAAAGUGGACCGAGUUCUGAGACCCGGGUCUCGACAAACAAAUAUGUGAUAUCCAGCACACUUCCAAUCAUCUGGUAUUUCAUUGAGCAAUGGAUGAUAAUAGAUCUUUGA